CACGCACAGACCCCUCCCCCUGUCAGCAGCUCUCUCCGUUAAUCCGCUUCUCUCUCUCCCUCUCUCUGUCUAUCUCUCUCUCUCUUUGCGGUCAUUAUGGCGGAAAUAAAAACAGGAAUAUUCGCUAAAAACGUGCAGAAACGUCUAAACCGCGCACAAGAGAAGGUGCUGCAGAAACUGGGGAAAGCAGACGAGACCAAAGAUGAACAGUUUGAACAAGUGGUGAUAAAUUUCAGGAGACAGGAGUCUGAAGGUUCUCGACUGCAGAGGGAGAUGAAAUCCUACAUGUCAUCUAUUAAAGGGAUGCAGCAGGCGUCCAUCAACCUGACACAGUCCCUGCAUGAAGUCUACGAACCAGACUGGCAUGGAAAAGAUGAUGUGAUGACCAUCGGGAAGGACUGUGAUGCAUUGUGGGAAGACUUCCAUAAUAAACUGGUGGACUCGACGCUACUAAACCUAGAUGAGUACCUGCAACAGUUCCCAGACCUAAAGACUCGUGUGGCCAAGAGAAGUAGGAAACUCAUUGACUAUGACAGCGCUCGUCAUCACGUUGAAACCCUGCAGACGUCUGGAAUGAAGAACGACCGCAAGAUGAUGAAGGCAGAAGAGGAGCUGAAAAAAUCUCAGAAGGUGUUUGAUGAGCUGAAUGUGGGUCUGCAGGAUGAAUUGCCGACCCUCUGGGACAGCCGAGUCGGCUUCUACAUCAGCACCUACAAGAGUGUGACGAGUCUGGAGACAAAGUUUCACAGAGAAAUCUCCCUCGUAUGCAGGCAGCUGUAUGAAGUUAUGACCAAACUGGGUGAACAGCAUUCUGACAAAAUGUUUACCAUCCAAGGAGCCCCGAGUGAUUCAGGACCAUUACGACUUGCGAGAACCCCAUCACCACCAGAAGAUGAGAGUCCACUUGAGAGUCCAGAUUGCAGCUCCAAUCAUAUGCUCCGUCCUGUCUCACCUGGACCACCUCGUCCCAAAUCCCCGACACAGUUUAAAAAGGGACCACCGGUUCCUCCACCACCAAAGGUCACACCAACAAAGGAGGUGGCAGAGGAGCAGAUUAUUGACCUGUUUGGAGGAGAAUUUUUACCUGCACCUUCACCAUCACAGCCCAAUGAACGACCUGGAGAAUCUCUACUUGACCUGGACUUUGAUGCUUUUCAGCCUGAUGAGAGUGUUUCACCGAUACCACAGACUGCUGUACCUUGGGAUAUGUGGUCGGGAAACUCUCAAACUGCUCAGCCUGCUACAGAUGGCGGCUUCAUCGCUGACUGGUCUGCUGACUUUGGUUCUGUGUCAGCAAAUGGAGAUACCUCUUCAAGUGCAGAGACCCCUGGUGCCAUUGCUGUAGGACCUGACGAGACGCAGGUUGAGGCAGAGGGUGGGGCUCAGGACUGGCACCAGGCAGAUGGCUGGCAGGCGGGUGGAGAAACAGCCACACCUCCUCAGGACACUGAGGCAGCCACAGCAACUGAAAACGAGGAUUUGUCAAACCCGUCAUUCUUUGCUGAUUUUGAUAAGAUGAACAAUGAUCACGCUCUUGAAGCCUCAGAGGCUCAAGUUGCUUCCCCAUUAGAACUGGCUGAGGAACUGGACAAACCUGCAGCGCCUCCUGCUGGAGACGUGGAGGCACUUUCAACUCCCCCUGCUGGUGAGGAAGAUACAGCAGAUGUUUCUGGAAGUCCAGAGGAGGAGAAGCCUGCACCGACUGUAGGAUCUCCGAGCUCUGACAAGAUCAAAGUCCAAGAGUGUCCUCCACAGGAAAAUAUGCCCAUCCCCUCAGUGGUGAUUGAACCUGCCUCCAGUAAUGAAGGUGAUGACGACCGGGACGUUGACAUCAUCUCUCCCACUGUCAUCAAUGACGAUGGUCAAAAUAAAUCCAUCAAACACAUGAGUCCAUCUGGUGCAACAUCGAGUCAUCCUGAAGAUUUUCUUUAUAAGGUUGAGACGAUGCACGACUUUGAGGCUGCAAAUUCAGAUGAGCUUGAACUGAGGAGAGGUGACGUUGUGUUGGUAGUUCCAACAGCUUCAGUAGAGGAUCAGGAUGCCGGCUGGCUCACAGGCAUCAAAGAAAGUGAAUGGUUAACACUUGGAGCUGCUGCUCAAAAAGGACUGUUCCCUGACAACUUUACCCAGCGUUUGGAGUAAGACGAUUUUAUUGCAGGUUAAGAAAAUUAGAAGAAAUUUGAUACAUGUAUGUGCAAGCAGUUCAGCAUGUAGCCAACCCCUCUCCUGAGAAACUAAUAUUGUCCUGCAGCUAUGUGCUGGAUCACAUAAGGUGUUUUCUCUGAUAGAUACAAGUCUUUGUUAUUCUGAAAGUAAAACCUGUGGUAAUAAAUACUAGUUCUAUUCUCUCAGCAGAGAGAAAAGCAUGAUGUGAUAGUGUUGUCUGCUUUUCCUGGAACUCACAUUUUAUUUAAAGAAAUAUGAGUCAGAUAGUUUACCAACAAAAGCAAAAAAUGUGUCUGAAGAGCAACAAAAAGGAAAAAUGCAUCUUCUCUACAUAAGUGUGUUGUACUGAUUUCAUUCUCUGCUGUGUAAUAAAUCAGAAAGCUUAGUGACACAAUUUAUUUAAAUGUCUAAGUGUAAAGUGAAACUAUUGAGUUGUUACUUUCAGUCAUUGCUGUUACCUUGAAGUCACUGUGGGUGUAUUUCUGUUAAAGUCUGUGAUCUUUCUUUUGCAUUUGUGGUAAUUGAUUUACCUAUGUACAAUCAUUGCUGUGUUUUUUUCUACUUAGAAAUAUAUUAUUGAUUAUGGACCAACAAGCAUUGCACAUCCAGCAUGAUAUUAAUCUUUUAUUAAAUUAUUUAAAGAUAGAACAAUAAAGAAUCUUACCACGAUUAUAAUACUGUAUGUCUAAAUAAGGCACAUCUUGAAAAUCAUGUUUAUAAAAAUAUUUAGAAAAUGUUAUCUAUUUAUAGGUGUAAGAUGAGAGGAAAAUUGUUGUUGUCAUUGGUUUCCAUAUUCAAAUUGUUCUGUAGAUCAGCAAACACAAUGUCAGGCUACUUCAGUUAAUCCUCCAUGUCGAUCUUUCUGUGAUGUACAUACCCCAACAUUAUUGUCAUGAUGAAUAAAUGACACUCAUUAAGGUA